AUGAAGGCAUCGGGAACUCCUAGUAGAGCAAAACGGAAGAAGAGCCCCACACCCGAACCUAAAGUGGAUGUUGUCGAUUCAAACGACGAAACUGCUCCUCACAAUACAAAUGGAGAAAACGAAGCGGAUUCAGCAUCGGUAACCCCUAUUGAAGAAGUGGCAAGAGACCUGGAAGUGCUGGAAGUCCAUAAAACACCCGCUUCGCGGACAAAGAAACGAUCAAGGUUGUCCACACCAAGGAUUCUUCAGAAAAUACGCUCAUCCAUGAGUGUGGAUGAUUAUCAAGACACCGAUUAUAACCGAACAGCGUAUAGCACUCCACGAAGGAAAGUUGCACGUCAUCGGUCCUACUCUCCUCUGAGCUUCAAGUUUGACAAUGACGAUGCCGGCAUCACUACGACGCCCGUGAUUCGUCGAAGAAAAACAGAUGGUGAGACAAGUGUUUUUGAUCUGGAUAUAACACCUGAGGACCACGAUCUAAUCCACAAUCUGAGCCAACCAUCUACAUCUGGAUUGGCAGCAGCUGCUGCGCAAGGCUUACUUAGCGAGAGUCACACUGAGGUGGCUGAGAUCAUUCUCGACGACGACAGCAGCGACAGGAGUGAUGAACUUGGUGUUGCAACGGCUUGUGAUAACGAGGAGUCGCGAAGUUCUCAAAGUGUGAUAUUCUCCUCCCAGAAUACGGUCACUACUGAGAGAGAACUUGUUCGGAAGACUCCUUCGCCAGCCAGCUCGGAUGACAUUGUGAUAUUGGGAACGAUAGAAAGAACCCCGACUAAAUCGAGGUGCUUAACAGCAACCUUACUGUAUUCCCCACGCAAAAUGGCCUUGAGCAACGAACAACGGCACAGCACAAUUCUUGCCAAAAGAAAGAAUAACUACGAGGUCUUCCCUAAUCUGAAUGGGCUCGUGUCUGGUGUGGAUUAUUGUGCUUUCCAAGUUGAGACGUUACGAAAUGACAUACCGCCGAAGCCUAUGCCAGAACAGUGUAGCGAUCCGUGUCUGAGCUUUGACAAUCCAAUGGGAUUUGUUCGAUUGCCCUGGUCAACGGCCAAUAUAAAUAACGGAUUCCAUCAGUCAGUCGAGACUACGCAAGAAAAGCAUAUCAUCAUCGACAGAGCCCUCCGUGCACUUGUACACGAUGGAGCGCACUGUAUUGAAGCAGUAAUUGUCACUCUAAAAGAAUGUGCUCCGUGGAUCAAGUCCUUUGACGGCUUGCUUGGUUUCAUGGAAGGGUUGUCGUCUACGGAAGAACGAGAUGCACUCGAUGUAAUGGCCGGAAUCGCAAAGUUAGCAGUGAAUGCAAAGUUCAUUGUAACGUCGGUAAGUGAUUAUAUUGUCCUAAGCGGGGCACGUCUUGCCGUUAAAGAGAAAAUUUCGCAAGACAAGACCCGCCUUCGAAAGUUGCUGCUC